AUGAACCCUGCUAACCCCGAGACACCUCCUCCACCACCCCCAAAACCCAACAGCCACGAAACCAGUCGACGCGGCACCCCGCAAAACACCUCUGCACACGCCUGGCAACCAGACAAUCAGCCAAGCGCACACCAGGGCACAUACCCCAAUAAUCCUCAACAGCCAUAUAUCCCUGACCCCCCAACAAUUGAAGAGGGUUGGCUCCCAGACCUGGUAUCCGACAAAUCAACAACCGACCUCCAGAUAAUCCUCAAAGACCCAGCCCUAAUCUCCGCCCUCUCAAGCCAACACCCCUCCUACACAGCCCGCCAACAACAUCUCGAGACCCUAAUCAAAACGAACAAAGACCUCGCAACCCGCAUCCUAGAGAUGCAGAACCACCUCGCCGAAGUCCGGGCCUCCACUGAAACAAUGCUGAUCACACACCAGUCGCUUGAGGUCUCCUGGCGCAAAAAGCAAGCCGAGAUGGACGCCGCCCUAGCCCCGUGGUCGCCGAAGGCGCUAUACCAGCGCUUUAGCGCGGCGAUCACGGAGCAGGAGGCUGUCUGCCAUGCUGUUGAGGAGAGUUUCCUCGAUGAGGAUCAUCAUGGCCGGGCUACGGAGAAGGAGAUUGCAGAUUGGGUGCGGCGCGUACGGGCCGAGGCAUCUAAGUUGGCGGCUCGGAAGGAGGCUAAGGCACGGUGGGAUGAGGGACGGGUUGGGGGUUGGCGAUGA